GGUUGCUAGGGCAACAGCGUCCUAGAGACGCGGCUCGCGCCCGCCCCUGGAAUCCCUGCGACCAGGUCCGCGCACGGGUGUGGGCGCAGCGAGGUGGAGGUCAACCAGCCGGGAUUCUCAGAUUCGCAAGUAUUUGAUCUAGGAGAAAAUGAAACGCAGCGGUGUCAGGCUAAAUGCUGCCAAAGUCAACAGCACUAGGUCGUGCAGCACCAAGGCCAGGGAUUUAAUGCGCAAAAUGGCGAUCUUACCAGACUGGCAUAGUCUGUACCCUACUACCUUGAAGAUGUAUUCCCGCCCCCACUCCUCACCCGUCAGAGUGCAUUCGAGGACUGGCUGCCAAGAUUUAGGUAGACCCUCUUCGUCAACCACACCUGUUGCCAACCCAGUCCUUUCCUCCUCAGACGUUGAACGGAUUCUGUCUCAAAAGCUCUCCAACAAAAGGGAUGAAAUGAAAAAGGUCUUCCAGGUUCUCGACUCGACCCACAGCCAGACGGUGACGAAGGGGGAUCUGAAGCGCGCCAUCACGGCCUUUCUCAUGCCUCUCACAAGAGAGCAGUUCCAGGACUUGCUGGCGCAGAUCCCACUCACCAGCUCGGGCAACGUGCCAUACCUUGAAUUCCUGUCCAGGUUCGGUGGAAUUGAUCUAAAUAUAAACAUUAUGAAGAGGGGAAACGGGGACGAGAUUGAUCACAGUCGGACCUUCAAAGAACUUGAAGCCCAACUUGCUGGAAAGGUCUUCCGAAACCUGAAGACCACGUGGAAAGCCCUCCAGCUCAUCGAUGUCAACAACACGGGCAAGGUGCAGUCCAGAGAGCUGAGGCGGGUCCUGGAAACGUUCUGCCUGAGGAUGAGGGAUGAGGAGUAUGAGAUGUUCUUGAAAGAGUACAACAUUGGCGGCACUAUGGUGGACUACAAUGCUUUCCUGAAGAACCUCAGCAUAAGCAGUGACAUGAACUUUAAACACCCACAGUCCGGUUCAGAGCUCCCCAGGGAGAAUCAGCAAGCCAAGACUGCCCGGAGGGAGCGGCCGCUCAACUCCACGUCAUCUGAAGAUGUCUGGAAGAACUACUCCUUAGACGACCUGGAAAAGACCUUUUGUCAAGAGCUUUCAAAGUCUUAUGAAAAGAUCGAGAAAGCCCUGAGCGCAGGAGACCCUUCCAAAGGUGGCUACGUCUCGCUGAAUUACCUGAAGGUUGUCCUUGACACCUUCGUAUACCGGUUACCGAGAAAGAUUUUUAUCCAGUUAAUGAAAAGAUUUGGACUUAAAACCACCACGAAAGUCAAUUGGAAGCAGUUUUUAACAGCGUUUUAUGAGCGGCAGGGGUUGGAAGUCAGCAAGCCAACUCCCCAGAAAAAAAGAAGCAGCACUGACUCGAGAAACCAGUCUCGCAGGGAAAAUGUCAUCAAGAAGUUAUUCAGGUACUCGGAGGAGCGCUAUACAGCCCUGAAGAAGUCCUUGUUAAUAAUCAGCACGACGCCCAGUGGACACAUAGCUUGGGAUGAACUGCGACACGUCCUAAACUGCAUGGUUGCAAAGUUAAGUGAUUUGGAAUUCAAUGAACUGAAGCAGACAUUUGACCCCGAGGGCACUGGAGCAGUGAAGAUCAGCUCCCUACUCGACGCGUUGGAUGGUAGCCCCAAGGUGAGAAAAAUGUCCCCCUCUACAGAGACCAAGGCACCUCUGCCUGUGGCUUGGAAUCCAGUAGAAGAAAUGGUGCUUGAUGCCAUCACCAGGAACCUCCAGGCCUUUUACGGCAUGCUGCAGUCAUAUGACCUUGGCGAUACAGGGACCAUAGCAAGAAAUAACUUCAAGAAAGUCAUAAACAUAUUCUGCCCAUAUCUCUCGAAUGAGCACUUUGUAAAACUCUACAGUAAGUUUCAAGACACAGCCUCAGGACGGAUCCUGUACAAGAAACUUCUGUUGUCCAUCGGUGUCAAUAUCCCACCGCCCAUCCUUCCACUUUCUGUUCCGAAGGAUCAGCUAAGCGAAAAGCUGCAAUACGAGGAGCAGGGCCAGCCAGAUCUUCCUGAGAGAACCCAGCCCAGGAGGGACAAAACCACGGAGGCCAAGAACAUGACCAAGGAAGAAGUCAUCGACAGACUCAAGCACUGUAUCCAGCAGCAGGACCCCGUGUUCAAAGAGCAGUUUCUUAGCAUCAGCAAGGAACCUGAAGUGAAGAUCGGCCUGGAGGACUUCCGGAAGGUCCUGGAGGAAAGCGGAAUGCCUAUGGAUGACAACCAAUAUGCAAUGCUGGCCUCCAAGAUAGGCUACAAGAAGGAAGGCAUGAGCUACCAGGACUUCACCUCGGGAUUUGAAGACACUAAGCCGAGUGGACAGGAAACUAAUCCACUGCAGCCACGCGCUGCCUCGAAAACAAACUUGGAUGAACACUUCAUGCCGGCUGAAGAAUGCCAGAGACUCUUCCCAAAGAAGCUGAAGGAGUCGUUCCGGGACCCCUACUCUGCCUUCUUUAAAGUAGACACUGACAGGGAUGGCAUAAUCAACAUGCAUGAUCUUCACAGAUUGCUACAGCACCUACAGCUCAACAUGAAGGACUGCGAGUAUGAGCGCUUCCUCAGCCUCCUGGGCUUGAGACUUAGUGUCACCCUAAACUUCCGAGAGUUUCAGAACCUGUGUGAGAAGAGGCCCUGGAGAGCAGAUGAGGCCCCUCAGAGGCUCAUUAGAUAUAAACAGAAAGUUGCAGAUUCAGAACUAGCCUGUGAGCAGGCUCAUCAGUACCUCGUCAUCAAAGCCAAAACCAGAUGGGCAGACCUGUCCAAGAAUUUCAUAGAAACAGAUAAUGAGGGCAACGGUAUUCUCCGGCGAAGGGACAUCAAGAAUGCACUGUAUGGCUUUGACAUCCCCCUCACCCCACGGGAAUUUGAGAAGCUUUGGCAAAAAUAUGACACGGAGGGAAGGGGCUACAUCACAUACCAAGAGUUCCUGGAGCGACUAGGCAUCCGGUACUUGCCAAAGGUCCACCGGCCCUACAAGGAAGACUAUUUCAACUUCCUGGGUCACUUCACAAAGCCCAAGCAGAUCCAGGAGGAAAUCCAGGAGCUGCAGCAGAUGACCGAAAGGGAGAAGCUCAUGGAACAUUAUGAAGAGAUCAGCAAGGCACUCAACAUGCUAGAAAAAUCCAAGACGGGCUCUGCAGCUCUCUCCAAGGUGCAGAAUGCGCUGCAAGAAUGUGGGUGUUCCCUGAAGGAAGAGGAGCUCAUCAGCCUUCUGAAGAGCUUGGGCAUCAGUGUGCAUAACAAUUGCAUCAAUCCCCUCGACUUCCUGAGAGCACUUGAGAUCAGCAAGACAAGCAAAGCUCAGCCAAAAGAAAAAGAAGAAUGCUCUCCACGGACCAACUUCUCCAAGCUGAACCCCGAGGAGGUGGUGAAGAGCAUGCAGGCGGUUGUGGAAUCCUCCCAGCCUGCUUUGUUAAAGGCAUUUUCUGCACUGGAUAAAGAGGACACUGGGUUCGUGAAGGCUGUGGACUUUGGAGAUGUCCUGAAGAGUUUCUGUCAGAAACUAACAGAUAACCAGUAUCAUUAUUUUUUGAGGAAAUUAAGACUCCACCUAACGCCCACCAUACACUGGAAAUACUUCCUGGAGAACUUCGGCUCCUUCCUGGAGGAGACUGCUGAUGAGUGGGCAGAGAAGAUGCCCAAGGUCUCACCCCCUACAUCUCCCAAAGAAGUAGCCAAAAAAGACAUCUUGGCACGAGUGCACAAGGCAGUGGCUUCCCACUACCAUGCCAUCGCCCAGGAGUUUGAGAACUUUGAUACCAUGAAGAGCAACACAGUCUCCAGAGAUGAGUUCAGAUCUGUCUGCACCCGCCAUGUGCAGAUCCUGACGGACGAGCAGUUUGACAGGUUGUGGAGCGAGAUGCCCGUCAAUGCCAAGGGGCGGCUCAAGUACCAGGACUUCCUCAGCAGGUUCAGCACCGAGAGAGCACCCUCGCCGCCCAUGGCUGCUGGCGACUCUGGCGACUCGACCGUUGCCCAGAGGGGAAGCAGUGCCCCUGAGGUCUCCCAAGGAACCAGAUCCACCCUCUGCUCUCCUCAGGGCUCCAGAACCGGGUUGAAAUCAAGGAGUUACCCCAGUACCCCAGCGGGCACCCCACCCCUGCAGAACUGCGAGCCCAUUGAGAGCAAGCUCCGCAAGCAGAUCCAGGGUUGCUGGCGCGAGCUCCUGAAGGAAUGCAAGGAGAAGGACAGUGACAAGCAAGGGAGCGUCACUGCAGCAGAGUUCCUGGCUCUUGUGGAGAAGUUCAAGCUGGACAUCAGCAAAGAGGAGAGCCAGCAGCUCCUUGUCAAGUAUGACCUGCAGAACAACGGCAAGUUCGCCUACUGCGACUUCAUUCAGAGCUGUGUCCUCCUGCUGAAGGCCAAGGAGACCUCACUGAUGCGGAGGAUGAGGAUCCAGAAUGCGGACAAGAUGAAAGAAGCCGGCGUGGAGACGCAGUCCUUUUACUCGGCCUUGCUGCGGAUCCAGCCCAAGAUUGUUCACUGCUGGAGGCCCAUGCGGCGUACCUUCAAGACCUACGACAAGAACGGGACUGGGCUCCUGAGCGUGGCUGACUUCAGGAAGGUGCUGCGGCAGUACAGCAUCAACCUGUCGGAGGAGGAGUUCUUCCACGUGCUUGAGUACUACGACAAGUCGCUGUCAUCCAAGAUCUCCUACAAUGACUUCCUGCGUGCCUUCCUGCAGUAGGCACCCAGGCGGGGCUGCGCUGGGGACAGCUGUGGCCUCGGGGUCUGUCCCCAGACUAGCAAAACCAGACGAUGGAGGGCUGCAGCGAAUUCCCCAGAGCGGCUUCAUAGCCGAACCCUACCCAGCAUCAGGCUCCUUCCUGAGACGUGCAGGCUCUUAUUCCAACCCUCACUGGGGCCUCCCUGGGUCAGCGCAGGGUGGCCGCUGGCCUUGGGCAACCUCACUCAUUAGUAUGAGCAAAUAAAAUAGUCUUUGCAGGAACGACUCUUGAGACUUUGAAAGAACUGCUACUAAUAAAAUGUUGUAAAACUUGG